AUGUCAAAGGAAAGUUUGUAUACUUGUGCAGAAAUUGAAUGUCUUAAUGUGUAUUCAAGAUUGCAGUUAUUAUUGUUUAUAUCGAUAAGCUGCUUACGCGGUUUAGCUUCUAAGAAUACGACAUAUAUAUUAAUGGUUUUCAUCGGAAACUGCCACGCAUUAACCAUAGCUCCAAUCGUGGAUGAAUGCGGUGGGGAUAAGCACAAGUAUUUGAAGGAUUUAAAAUAUCAUUUAUCCAAGACGGUACCGGAAUAUAACGAUACUUUCAAACUGCUGCUGUGGUGCAAAGAAAAGAAAUUAAUGACAGUCUAUAAUAUGAUCUUUGACUUUUCCCUCUUUAAACUAAAAGAAGAAAUGGUUAGGCCUCGAGAAUGCCUGAAAAAGAUUUCCAAACAUAUGAUCGUCGAUCUUGAGGCUAAAAACAAUCGACUAAAUAUCCACCAACAUUCAUCGAAUUUAAGCAUCGUUAGGGUUGAGAGUAUAUUAAAUGGUAUUGCAAAGUGGAUUAAGGCACUUACUGCAUUGGCAGAAAAAGCAUCGGAGGAAUCUUAG